UGUUGUCCUACGGUAGUGGGUUCACGGCUGUUGGCUGGGAGUGGUUUGCAUGUUUCCAAAGAGCAGGGGAGGGGAACUCGAGCUUAAACCGGGGCAGCGAGAUGGACAUUCUCAAAUCGGAGAUCCUUCGGAAGCGGCAGUUGGUGGAAGACAAGAACCUGUUGGCGGAAAAUAAAAAGUAUUUCAAGCGUAGCGAACUUGCAAAAAAAGAAGAGGAGGCGUAUUUUGAGAGAUGUGGCUACAAGAUACAGCCAAAAGAGGAGGACCAGAAACCAUUAACUUCAUCAAAUCCAGUAUUAGAACUUGAACUGGCAGAGGAAAAAUUACCCAUGACUCUUUCUAGGCAAGAGGUUAUCAGGAGAUUGAGAGAAAGAGGAGAACCAAUCAGAUUAUUUGGAGAAACUGAUUAUGAUGCUUUUCAGCGUUUGAGAAAGAUAGAGAUCCUCACACCAGAAGUUAACAAGGGAUUAAGGAAUGAUCUGAAAGCAGCUUUGGAUAAGAUUGAUCAACAGUACCUCAAUGAGAUUGUGGGCGGUCAGGAACCUGGAGAGGAAGACACACAAAAUGAUUUGAAAGUGCAUGAAGAAAACACCACUAUUGAGGAGUUGGAGGCAUUGGGAGAGUCAUUAGGAAAGGGUGAUGAUCAUAAAGACAUGGACAUCAUUACCAAAUUCCUCAAGUUUCUUCUUGGAGUUUGGGCUAAAGAAUUGAAUGCCAGAGAAGAUUAUGUGAAACGCAGUGUGCAGGGUAAACUGAACAGUGCUACUCAAAAACAGACUGAGUCCUAUCUCAGACCACUUUUCAGAAAGUUACGGAAAAGGAAUCUUCCUGCUGAUAUUAAAGAAUCGAUAACAGAUAUUAUUAAAUUCAUGCUACAGAGAGAAUAUGUGAAGGCUAAUGAUGCUUAUCUGCAGAUGGCCAUUGGAAAUGCCCCUUGGCCCAUUGGUGUCACUAUGGUUGGUAUCCAUGCCAGAACUGGUAGGGAAAAGAUUUUUUCCAAGCAUGUUGCACAUGUUUUAAAUGAUGAAACACAGCGGAAAUAUAUUCAGGUCCCCUCCCUGGAGGUUGAGCUGAUAUCACAUGGUGGAUCUUUCUGGUGUGGCUGCCCGCACUGGAUUGAAGAGGUUAAUGACCAUUUGCCAGAAGCACUUUCCUACAGAUCCUUCAAAAUGUGUGGAGUACAAUGCACUAUGAGAUCUGUGUACUGUGUGUAAAUAGCAAUAAGACACUUAAGGCAGCAUGGUAUGGACGUUUGGAAUUAACCAACAGGAAUAAAGGAAGAAGAAAAAUGGAGUUUCCUGUCUCUGAUUUCUCCUUGAUGCAACCCUUGAUUGAUUUUAAGAACUGUGUUGGCUCUCGUAUCACAUCUGACUGUAAACUUAUUUUAUGUGUCUUCCUUUUAUGUUAAGUACUCGAAAAAUUAAGUUCUAGAGACUGUUGUCUACACAUUUAAAUUGUGUAAAACACAGAGGAAAUUUAUAAAUGACUUUUUCCUGCUAGACCUGAAAGUGUGGUUAGAUGAUUAAAAAGAAACAUUUGAGGAUGGACUUCAUUAUAUCUGUAAAAUAUGAUAAUUUGCACAUUGUAUUUUAUGUCAUAUUUAUAAAAAAUAUUUUUAUAGUUUGAAUAAAGAUAGAAUUGUUUAAUACAACUCCAUAGUCCUUAAGUGUUACUGAACUUUCGCUGUUUUGCAGUAAAAAUUUAAAUGUAAAUAUUACUACUGUUAACUCAGGUGUUAUUUUUCUUAUGUUUCAAGGCUUUUAUUUUCCAAGGAGUUUAAAUUUUAAUAUUUGUCAUCCCUCAGGAAGGUUAGAAUUAACGGGAAACAGAAGCUUGAAAACCAAAGAUGGUAUAUUAUACCGACAUAAAUUCCAAACCAGUAGUCCCACUGCAUCAAGGUUCAGGGAUGGGAAAUGGAUCAUGGAGCCAGCCAAGAAAGAAUUUUGAUGAUGCUGGUUCCUCUUCUAAUAGGACUGCCUGGUAGUUUCAUCCUCCUGAGACAUGUGGCUGACUGCUGUUCCCAGCUAGUCUGCCAGACAGAAUAGAAAGAUGCCAGUACUGAUGUCACUGCCUGAGACAUUAUAUCCUCGUUCUGAUUUUCCACACAGUGAGGACUUGCUCUAAAUCUUGAACUGUGUUAUACCCAGAUAAUCGCCACAAAUCACUGCAUUUUAAAGUUGAGAGUAACAAGGGUAAAUAGAAUGUUACCCAACCAGGUGGAGUUGCAGUAUUGGAUAGUAAGAGUGUGGGCCCUGAAGUUAGAACUUCCUAGCUUCAAAUUGCAUCUCUGUACCAGCUAACUGUAUGAUCUUCAGCAAGUAACAGUCUUUCUAAGCCUCAGGUUCCUCAUCUGUAAAAUGGUAGUUAGUACUAAUAGUACAUACCUCAUAGGACUUUUGUUUGUGUUUAAGUAAAAUCCGGUGCUUGGCAUACUGCCUGGCAAAUAAUAAAUGUUCAGUAAAUAUUUGUUGUUGUUAGAUGGUAGCCAAAGUGCCUUUCAGGAAGCCUUUGGUUAGAGGCAGUAUGUACUCACAUAAUGAUAACAGCAGUAAUAAUGGUGACAUUAAACAAUUACCAUGCCCAGGCUUUAUGGCUGCUUCCACUUUCGGUCAGUUCUGAGUUUAGAAGGGCAGUGGGUAUGCUGGGGCUAGAGGCAGCUGAGUGGGUGGGUGUAAAUUCUGGCCCUUCUUGGGAAGACUUGAAAGCUAGUUUUGGCCACUUCUGGUCUAUGGCUGUGCGUAUCUGAUUGUUUCUGCUGAUUACUGGCAUGGUGAUGGCUGAGGCACCCUGGCCUGAAUUGAAUCAGGGUCCUCACCUCGCCAUCCUUCCCUAUUCUGGAAACCUUUUCUUAGGAUUAAAUUAAUUAGAACUACUAGAAAUUUAAGAGCACAAAUGAGCAGCAGACUUACAUAGGAUAAUAAGAACAAUCUAGCCUUUCAUCAUGUGGUCUUGUUGCAUAGGACUUGUUUAUAGAUACUGUUGAAUGAGUACUUCCCAAAUUACUUUUUCUUACUCAGAAUCAGGCCACAGCAUGGUAGUUAGUUAAUUUCAUAUUAUCUUCCCUUUUCCACAUAAGGAAGGAAUUGUAUCAUGUGACACCAUUACCUUCUAAAAGGCAUUGAUCAGCAUGAAUGAAUGGUUUAGGAAAAAUAAAGUUUGUAACAUUCUACACUGCUGUGAAUGUUAACCAUUUGG